CCAGUGACAGGAGAGGCGGACCUGUGGCUGCAUUCUCACACUUGGUUUCACUAUGCGCUCGUAAAACGGCUCCGUCUACUACAAACGGUGCAGGUGCUCUGUCUCUUCGGGAGAGGAUGCGGAUGGAAGGACGGGGGAGGGAAGGGAUGAAGGGAAACGCCACGAGGAAAGAAAAUAGGAUAUGAAAAGGGGCUUGUGCUAAGAGACCGCGAGGUGCAAGGUCGAAUAUGAGAGAUUGGUUGAACGGGGCACUUUGCGUGGUAAUAGCUGGUCGGCAAUAGUACUAUGAUUUGGUAUGUGGCCACUCUGAUAGCAAGUGUAUUCAGCACCAGAGGAACGGCCGCUCAAGGUGCCCACGGAGUGAGAGAGGAGCCCCGGUUUGUGACGGCGCGCGCUGGAGAGAGCGUGAUCCUGGGGUGUGACGUGUCCCCUCCCCUGGACGGCCAGCAGCCCCCCUAUGUGGUGGAGUGGUUCAGGUUUGGAGUGUCUAUUCCCUUCUUCAUCAACUUCCGCUUCUACCCUCCUCAUGUGGAUCCAGAAUACACUGGUAGAGCCUCUCUGCAUGGGAAGGCCUCCCUGCAGAUUGACCCAGUGCGCUCCGAGGACCAGGGCUGGUAUGAGUGCAGGGUCCUGAUGCUGGAGCAGCAGUACGACACCUUCCACAACGGCAGCUGGGUGCACCUCACAGUCAAUGCUCCACCUUCAUUCACGGAGACGCCGGCGCAAUACGUGGAGGCGAAGGAAGGGGGAAGCACUGUGCUAAGCUGCUCUGCCCAGGGAAAUCCAAAACCAAUGAUCAGCUGGCUGAGGGAGGGGGAGGAGCUUGCAACCAACGCAAAAUACUCGGUACACGAUGGCAGACUAACCAUCCUUGGCAUCACCAGAGAUGACAGAGGGGCGUACACAUGCCGAGCCUACAGCGACCAGGGAGAAGUGCUCCACACUACCCGUCUGUUGGUUCAAGGGCCUCCAUACAUCGUUUCACCACCAGAAAAUGUCACUGUAAACAUAUCCCAGAAUGCACUCUUCACCUGCCAAGCAGAGGCAUAUCCAGGCAACCUCACCUACACCUGGUUUUGGGAAGAGGACAACGUCUACUUCAAGAACGAUCUGAAGCUCCGAGUGCGCAUUCUCAUCGACGGCACCCUUAUCAUCUUCCGGGUCAAGCCGGAGGAUGCUGGGAAGUACACCUGCAGUCCGAGCAACAGUCUCGGUAUCUCGCCCUCAGCAUCAGCCUACCUGACUGUUCAGUACCCUGCCCGAGUGAUCAACAUGCCCCCGGUCAUCUACGUCCCACGGAAACUGCCAGGCAUCAUCCGCUGCCCGGUGGAUGCAAACCCACCUGUGACAUCAGUGAAGUGGGAGAAAGAUGGAUACCCACUCCGAGUGGAGAAGUACCCCGGUUGGAGCCUGAUGCCAGACGGAAGUAUCCGGGUGGCGGAGGCCACAGAAGACUCCCUGGGCACCUACACCUGUGUGCCUUACAACGCCCUGGGUACCAUGGGCAUGUCCCCCCCUGCCACUUUGGUGCUAAAGGAUCCCCCUUACUUUAAUGUGAGGCCUGGGGGGGAGUACCGUCAAGAGGCUGGGAGAGAGCUAGUAAUCCCCUGUGCUGCUUCUGGAGACCCUGAUAUACCAUCUAUCACCUGGAGAAAGGUGGGGAAGCCAAGCAGGAGUAAGCACAACAUCCUACCCAGUGGCAGCUUACAGUUUGUGUCCCUCAGCAAAGAAGACCAUGGAGAAUGGGAGUGUGUAGCCACAAAUGUGGUCACAAGCAUCACUGCCAGCACGCGUAUCCUAGUCAUCGGCACCAGCCCACACGCUCCUGGCAAUAUCCAUGUACUGCCCUUAACAACCUCUGCUAAUGUGUCCUGGGAACCAGGUUAUGAUGGCGGCUUCGAACAGACAUUCUCUGUGUGGUAUGGUCCAGUGUCAAAGAAAAUAGACUUCGGUCCUCAUGACUGGCAUUCGAUGCCAGUUUCUGGUGCUCAGACCUGGUUGGUGGUGCCAGGGCUGGAGGCUGGGACAGAGUACCAGUUCAGUGUGUUGGCUCAAAACAAACUGGGCACGGGCCCAUUCAGUGAAGUUGUGACAGUCACCACUGCAGGCUCUCCUCUGGGUACCCCAGAACCACUGGUGCUUCUUACUCCACCACGGUGCCUCACAGCCAAUCGCACGCAGCACGGUGUCCUCCUCACGUGGCUCCCUCCAGCCAACCACUCCUCGCCCAUCGACCGUUAUAUCAUGGAGUUUCGCCUUGGGGAGAGGUGGGAGGUUCUGGAUGACUUAAUCCCUUCAACUGAGACCGAGCUCAUAGCCAGAGACCUUGUUCAGGAGUCCUGGUAUGAAUUUCGAGUAAUGGCCGUUAUGGAUGACCUGAUCAGCGAGAGCAGCAAUGUUGUGGGAGUUUCUAGCACAGAUCCCUUCCCUGCUCCAGAGUUGCCAGAUGAGGGUUUGGCGCGACCUGUGGUGGCAGGAGUCGUGGCAACUAUCUGUUUUCUGGCAGCGGCGGUACUGUUCAGCACUCUAGCAGCUUGCUUUGUCAACAAGCAACACCGUCGCAAACUCAAGCGCAAACCAGAUCCUCCCUUGUCGGUGACACACUUCAGGAAAAGCAUUGAGUCGCCGUUAUCAUCGGGGAAGAUAAGUCCAGAGAGCUCCCCUCCAUCUCGGCCCCGUUCUCUUUCGUCGGAGGGUUCCCACGGUCCGGGCCUGUAUGUCAGGAAGCUCCCGAGUCCUCAGAGAGAAAAAGAAAAAGAGCUCUCCUUCUACAAGAAAACCAAGCGUGCCAUAGCCAGCAAGAAAUACAGUGUGUCCAAACAUGAGGCAGAGGUCACCACGCCUAUUGAGCUGAUAAGCCGUGGCCCCGAUGGCCGCUUCGUCAUGGAGACCAGCCCACCUCCCCGCCGCAUCCAGGGCUUCCCCUUCGCAGAGGAGUCUGACAUGUACCCUGAGUUCCGGCAGUCCGAUGAGGAGAAUGAUUUUGACCCAGGGCCUCUGCCGCCCAUCAUGCCCACGCUGCGGCCCCAGCUCUCCCCAACGUCCUCGAGCCUGGAGUCAACGCAGCCCCCCACCUACAGCCCCCGCCUACACAGGCCCAUGGAAGGUAUGAGCUUUGCAGAGGGCAGUGCACUUCACGCCUCAGGGCAGGCCCCGGCCUCCCGCUACAGGGGCUUUCCCCAGGGCCCAUUCUAUGGGUAUCUAGGCAGCCGCGCUGAAUCAGGGAUUCCACCACCAUUCUACAUGCCUGACAUCAGCCCACGUAGCUCCGCUCUAUCCUCACCCCCAGGCACCGCCGAGGGGCCCUUUGGUUACCCCUCCAUCCCCGAGGAGAGUGGAGAGAUGGAGCACCAUCAGUACACUGCCUCUGGCCAUUCUCUGUCUCACACACACAGCCCUCCUUCUCGCUCACCCGAAAGCUGGCAGCCUCAUGAGUUACCCUUCCUGGGUCUAGAAGGUCCACGGUUCAUAUAUCCACCUCACCAUCCGUUACAUCACCCCCAGGACCUCCCUGACCCACCCCCAUAUCCUCCUCACUCUCUCCCUCCCAGUCGCCUGCACCUCCCACACCUAAAGGAUCCAACAAGCCCUGGACUCCUGCAGCUGGAGGUUCCUGUGGCUCCCCCAGGCAGAGACAGGCCCCCAGGGCCUCCGGUUAGGCGUUUAGCUAUGCAACAGGCCCAGAGUCUCGGCCAGCUCAGACACACGGCCCACGGUGUGGGUGUACCAGUGUUGCCUUACCCUGACCCGGCAGUCCGUGCAGGGAGCCCAAGCACAGCCCCCAGUAGUAGCCCUCAGUCCUGGCUCAGCCCGAGGGCGGGGCGCCGGGCAGACCCCAGCCUACCCCCACUAGUACUCCAACCCUCCCGCCUCUCUCCACUCUCCCAGAGCCCACUUAGCACCCAGCCGGGUUCCCCAGAUAUUCUUGUAAGGCCUCCUCCGCGCCCCAGCAUCCUCCGCACCUCUCGGUCUCUGGAGAUGCCUGAGAUCACCCUGCAGCCCUCGGCUACUGUCAGUUUCUCUCGGAGGUCCUCCCUGACCGCCUCUCCUACUCAGAGCCAGGGCGCCAAGCAACCCAGCCCCAGUUACCACGCCCACAUGUCCUAUGCCUCCACUGCAGCCAGUUACCCCUCCCAAUCCCCCUCUCCCCCUCCGGAGGGCAGGGAUGUUUUCGGGCAGAGGCCAUCCCAGAGAAGGACAGAGGAGGAGAUGCUACCCUCAGAGCCCUCCCAGCUCCAGAUAUCAGCCUCAGGGGAACCUCUAGGUGCGUCUAGCGAUACUGCCGGGUCUGAGAGCUUACCAGCACUGCUACAACACUGUAUUACUAAAGCCAAGGGAGUGGCUGCCAACAACAAUAACAACACAACCUCCGGAAGGAGAACAGGUGCGUCUCUCUCUCAGACCCAGCAGCAAUCUCAGACACCCCAAGAGGGAGAGGAUCUUAACCUCCCGAGAAAGAGGAAAAAGCAAAACAAGAAGAACCCCUAUCUCUAUUUGACCUCCUUCCUGCGCCGCAGGCAGUUCGAGGAGGACCAGACAGGCAUUCUGGCCAGUGCAGACUCAGAGGGCCCAAAUUAUGGGACUCUACGCUGACCCGUGUGCCCAACAAGCCAUUGGACUCGACUAAACUGACCACCCCUGAGAAAUCCCAUCUCAGCACGUCCUGCUCUACCCAAAUAUCAAACGAAUACCUUUCUUAUAAUCCUUAAAAAGUUAAUCUGCGUUUCGGGGAGUGGGAAACAUUGAGCUGAAUACUCCGGGGUUGGAAGACAAGAACAAUGGCUUUUCCGGGUUGUCCCUGCAACUUGUCUUUGAGGAAUUUCACUUGAAAAUGCUCUGAAAAUAUAUAAUGUAUAUAAAUAGUAAAACAAGGGAAUUAAGCUUCCUCCUACAGUAAUAAAAAAAUGUGUUGGUUGAGUAUGUCACAACACGUUCAAGAUUUUUCACUCACUGGUCAUUGAGGGGUCCAUAUCUUUAGGUUUUUCAGUGAUACAGCGUACUGUUAAGCCUGGUGCGUCCUCGGACAGGGACAUGAGUCUACCUUUCCUACAAUACAAAUAGAUUCAGUAUUUAAACACAGGGUUCUUACCACAAAUAUACCUCAGAGUAAACGCAGAUUUGCUGUAAUUCUUGUGGUAUACUGUACGUACUUGACCUUUUUACAUAUGGAUAAAAAGGUUUAUAUCACACGCCACUCUCAUUCUCUCAAACGGAUAAUAUGGCCUAACUUUAUCUACUUUAGAAGCUUUUUAUUACCAGUAAAAGCUAGCAUAUUGUGUUUGUUUUGAUUUGUGACCCGAUGCCAACAAUUAGAGGAAGGCGUCUUCAUUUUACUGCGCGAUGGUUCAAGUGUGUUUACAGCACUGCGGCGCUGCGUUAAGACAAAGAUCAUAACCUUCACGAGAUCGCUCAAACUAACUGGGGACUCAGAUGCUCAGCGGAGGUUGGACUUGAAGGGUCAGAGGGACGGGGGUGACAAAUUGUGAACUGUACUGUAUGUAUUUCAUUAUUAAGGAAAUCAUUUGUGAAACGCGGCACAGCUCGAGGUGCCUUUUUGUUUUUGCCUUGUAUUUAUCUGUUGUGUUUGCUUAUUUUUUCGAACAUAAACUGCCUUUUUCUUCGCCUUCUCACGCUUCUCUCACUGUAGGAGUGAGGGAGUCCGAUAGCGUGUGUGUGUGUGUGUGGUUUUACUUUUUCUGCCAAGGACUCACGAGAGAAAUCGCUACGGAAGAUGCAUGAACACUUGUUUUGUUUUCUUUUAACAUGGGCUUGUGCUUCAACUGUGUAUAUCCAAAUAAUAGGAUAGAACCAGAUUAAAACCUAUGAAAAACAAUUUUUAAAAAAAUGCGCACAGUCAGAUUAGGAGGGGAAAAGGCAAAUAAAUCGACACAUUUUUGCACUGUACAUGCAAAAGAUUUGAUGCAAAAAUAACCAAGCAGUACAGCGAGGAUGUUAAUGUUUAGCAGCAGCUCUUAGAGGAGAAUGUGAUUGUUUCUAAAGCUGUUAACAAGCAAUGGGAAAUAUUCAAACGACGGCCACCUUGACUGUUUAUCUGUAACAACUGUAGAUUACUUGCUAGCUACUUCUCUGUGUGUUUGUUGAUUUUUCGACACUAACCGAUACUGAAUGUAUGUUUUGCUGUACAGGAAAUGAAUGUCCCAAUGUCACAGAACAUUGAAUGACCCGUCAUUAUUGCUUCUAGUGUAGCUGAGAUUGGUGAGGUGACCAGUUGGCGCAUCAAGUCCAAAUUCCUGUAUGCAGUCCCACACGGUUUCUGAGCCAAGUCCCCGCUUUGAUCUGCAGAAGAGGAAAAGCAGUUAUCAUCGUAUUGUCACCGAGACAUAUCAAACAGUUUUUAUCCCCCACCUCCUAAUAACGACUCAAAGGUUUCCAGCUAAAAAAAAAAAUCCGCGCGAAUGACUCGACUCCACGUCUGCUCGCCGAAAUCUUUUGACGAGCGAGAAAGCGGCGCUUGCCUGAAAGCGAGCGCCAGAAAUUGGUUUCGUGUAAGAUACGAGGGGAAAAAAAAUCUAUAUUUGUUAUGUACUGUACAUGGUGUGUAUUGUAUUUGUAAAGAUGACGCAAACCAUGUUUUACAGGAACACGUUCUUGUAUGAGGAUGUAUGAAAAGGAUCCCACGGAAAAAGAAAUUAGAU